AUGCCAAGUGGCAGCUACCUACCAUGCAUGGCCGCCGAUUUCCUGAUGCAGCUGGACGGGGGAUCUGCGGAACAUCGGGCAUGUCAUUCCUACUUCUGGAAUAGUGGAGUCCUCGCCAGCACCUCUAGAACCUGCGUCGCGGCGAAGCGUGGGGGCAUCGUGAAGAAGGAGCAGCGCAUUCGGUUGGCAUGCCUACUUUCCAGAAGUGGGAGCAAUACCACCGAGCUCCUGCGCGGACGGGGACGACGAGGACGUCUUUGCCAGACGCGAUUGGGACCUGUCAGCACGUUGCAGUACGCGAAGACCUCUAGGUGCCUUUGA